AAUAAAAAAAUAAAACACUCUAACUCCUUAAUUUAUCAGUGAACCAGAUUAGAGUGUUUCUCUCCUACCUAAAAGAAAAGUUUGGUCAAAAUAGCCUGUCUUUUUAAUGCAUAGCAGUGUCCUUGAACUGUCAGAGGAGUGGAGACAUAGAGGAGUUUUCAUAAAUAUUUUGUUAAAUCAUUGAAUGGAUAAUGCAGAAAGACUGAUGUCAAAUUCCAUUGAGGUUCCCUGACCUUUUUCGCUUGUUCUCAAGUGAUUCAUCUUUAGUCAUCAACAAUUACUUGAUAGCUGUUACUCAAGGCUGGUCUCCUGAAUUUACUCACUUAGUUUUGAUACUUCCUGGGGCUACUGAUUGUUUUCUUAAACAGUAGUAGAAUAUAAACAAGAAUAAUAAGGCAUUUGGGGAAAGAAAUGAUGAUAAAGAGGGCCUCUUGGCUAAUGUAAUCAGUGUUUCAACGGUGAUGUCCACCCAUCAAUCAUCCCUCUCUUCCUGCAACUGAAUCUCCCUGGAGGUGUCUGCCAGAUCCUUUCAAUCUUGAAGACUGACAACAAGUCCCUAUGGACUCCCUAACUGGAUGGAAGAUCCGAUGGGGUCUGUGACACUAAGAUUUUAAAAGCCCCACUUCAGAACAAGCCUGGAAAACUCCUAGACAAAGUUCUGGUUACUGAAGGUUUUGGAGAGGGAUGAACAUGAAGGGAUUCAGAAAACUGGCAGCUGCAGCCUUAGCUCUUUGCCUGGUGUUUUCUUUCCUGGGGAAUUCCAGUAGUGCUCCUCAGAGACUCUUUGACCGAAGGAACUGGACUCCUCAGGCCAUGCUCUACCUGAAGGGUGCACAGGGCCGCCGUUUCAUCUCCAACCAGAGCCGACGGAAGGACCUCUCUGACCGCCCUCCACCUGACAGACGGAGCCCAAAUCCCCAACAACUGACUCUCCCAGAGGCAGUGUCUCUGUUGCUGACUUCCUUGCAGAAACCACAGGAAGCUGGAGAAGAAAACUUUGAUCAAACAAGGCUCCUGGGAGACAGUCUGCUAAACUGGUGAAAUACACCGAAUUCCAUUCAAUAAUAGUUCUGUUCUGGCUGAAAACAUACACCUUGUAAAUAAAAAUCUGUGGGACCCCUUUAACGUCAAUUGUAAUCUUAGGAACAAACAAAACUAGUUUGCUUUUUUUCCAGCAGCAAAAGUAAGGUAGCAUUCUUACAUGAGAAUAUCAGUGUCUUCUUGUAUGCAUCCUCUCUUAUUUAGAUCACCUUGGAUUAUAUAGCCUAUCUGGCAAGGCUAAAGACUCUUUACUGUGCUCUUUCCUUUUGUUACAGUUGCUUGUCUUGGUCUAUUUCACCAUCAUUAUUAUUUUAUUCUGCUACCCACUUGCAUUGUCUGACCACUCAGUAGCCAACCUCACUCUCCUCCCCAUUCCCAGUCUUCAAAAAGGUGAGGGGAAAGCAAAGGAUGAUGGGAAAGAGUAGAGUGUUCCUUUAACAGUUGGUCCAGAAGAGAUUAAGUUGGGCGGGGGGAGGGGGAGGGCUGGAAGGAGGGAGGAAGAGCGAGGUGAACAAGGAAGUCAGAGUGGAGAGUGGAAGGUCAGGGAGGUCAGAGCGGAAGUGAGACUAAGGAGUCUGUCCCCCAUUGUGGACCCUGCAAGAGGAGCAGGAGAGAGGGAAGAGGAGCUUGCAGACGAAAGAAAAAAAGGGCAGCAGAAACAGAGUGACUGGGAAAAAAGCACUGUGGUUCUAGCACCAUCUCGGUGUGGUGUUAGAGAACUGUCCACAUAUAAGGAAGGUUCCUCAGUUGGGAAUACCCCACAACUUGAGCUCUUUUGGGGGACCUUCCCUAAAUUCACUUUAGAAAUAUGUACCUAUAAGUUUGUGGGGAAUUAGCAGAUGGAAACACAUUCUGCACCUGUUUACAGAGAGAGCAAACCAGUUUUUCAGAAGUGACUCAUUUACAUGACCAAGGGGAAAAAAAAAAGAGUACUUUGAUUUGAAUAGAACUCCAGGCAUUGUGUGGCAUAAAAGCAUGGCAAAGGCACCCUCAGAAUAUAAACGCAUGAUAAUGUGCCUGAUUUACUCCUUUUCAGACUCAACUAGGGUUUAAUGAUUGAAAGGGAAAACAUACAUACACACACUGAUAUGCAUACACAUAGCAAGCCUAAAAACACCCAUAUUUGGAAUAUAAACAUUGUUUUUGAACUGACUGACUGCUGUUGAUAAAUGUUCUAAGAGAAAUGUUUGUAGCAUAUAACCAUUACUUAGUAACUAAAGAAUGUCUUAUAAUGUCUCUGUAUGUUGUAAUUACAAUCUUACUGUGUUGUUAUCAAAACCCUGUUUGUAAUAGUUACCGGUGUCUUGUUCUGUAAUCACUAAUGAAACAAUACAUUCAAGGUAAUGUGACAAGAUCUCUACUGAGAAGGCAAGAUAGCAUGGGGUGGGUGGUGGCACACUUGGUUGAAUGCACAUGAUAUAAUGUGCAAGGGCCUAGAUUCUAGCCCCCAGUACCCACCUGCCGGGGAAAAGCUUUGCAAGUGGUAAAGCACUCUCAAUCUGUUGUCCCUUCAAUCUUGCCCUUCCUACUCGAUUUCUGUCUCUAUCCAAUAAUUUAAUAAAGAUAACAAUAAAACAAAUUUUUAAACAGAUAAUAUAGCAUUACAGAAAAAAACAGAUGGCAUGUAAUAGACACCUGUCAUUAAUUGUGACAUGCUUUUAAAAUGGAUUUUCUAGGCAGCAUAUGUGUUCAAUUUAUUGAGAAUUAUUUCCUCAUCUGGUAUAUGCUCAUGCAAAAUGGCUACUUAAAUAUCAUACCUAUCCCAAUAACACUUUGAAAAUCCAUCUUUUGAUCAAAUUCUUUCUACGCUAACUAGAACAAUCUCAAACAGACUGCUCACUACAACUGGCUGCUUACAGGCCCAAUAGCUGUUAAUGUAAUACAAACUCAAAGUUGGGGAAGCACUUGUAUUCCUUGAAUAUGUUUCUGUUGCACAGAUAUGUUAAUGAUCAGCAGUUACAUAAAGACUCCUGUGUCCAGUG